AUGCCAUUGAUUCGUAAAGAAGGUAAAGAUACUAUAAUAUUUGCUUCGAAGGAAGAUCAUGCUACACCUAGCAAAGUAGAGCUUCCAGAACUAGAGCCAAGUCCUGGUCUCUUGUUAUCAAAUGGGGAGAUCAAUUGGAAUUGUCCUUGUUUGGGAGGAAUGGCUACUGGACCAUGUGGGUUAGAAUUCCGCGAGGCCUUCUCUUGUUACCAUUACUCUAUUGCAGACCCAAAAGGUUCAGACUGUUAUGACGCGUUUAAAACAAUGCAAACAUGCAUGAUACAAUAUCCAGCGUUAUACGGAAAGAAAGACUCUUUGGACGAUCUCGAGGAUGAAGCAGACUUAAUGGAUGGGCAUAAAAAAAAUUUAGAAGCUGAUAAUAAUGUUUCUCAAUUGGAAUCAAAAGUGAAAGAAGUGCCAGAUACUCCUAGCAUUGAAAAAGGAAUAGAAAGAACUAAUGUUAAAUGAAUGAUUGUUCUCUUGCCAGUGAAUAAAUAAAUAUGCGUUUGCAUUGCAAAGCUAGAUCAAAUUUUUACUAGGACUUAAUGAAACAGGAUCUCUGUAGUCCUCACAAGGAAUAGG